GGGAGAAGAGGCCUGAGGCCCAGGGUGCACACCAGCCAGCCAUGGCCGCAGCUGAGACGGUCUUACCCUCCAUCAGUACACUCACCACCCUGAGCCAGUUUCUGGACACCCAGGAGGACUUCCUCAAGUGGUGGCGCUCCGACGAGACACAGGAUUUGGGCCCGGGUCCCCCUGAUCUCACGGGGUCAUCCCUUCACGUGAGUCUGAAAUCGCAGACCCCUCCCGGAGAGGACGAGGACGAUGAGAGGGACCUGACCGGUGCCUGGGAUCCGGAUCCUUUCCUUACCAACUUCCCAGGUCCCGAGCCCCGGACCUGUGCUCUGGCGCCCAGCGGGGGCCCGGUGGCACAGUACGCGCCGCCCGAAGCUCUGGGCACCUAUGCAGGUGGCCCAGGGUUGGUGGCCGGGCCUUUGGGCUCCGAGGAGCACGCGGGUUGGGUGCACUCCGCCCCGCGAGCCCCAGCCCCUGAGCCCUUCGUGGCCCCUGCCCUGGCCCCGGGAUCCGCGCUCAAGGCGCAGCCAGCAUUCUCCGAUUCGCGAGCGGGCUCGGCAAGCGGUUUCUUCCCGCGGGCAGGGCUCGCGGUGCCCGCGGCUCCCAGCGCCCCCUAUGGGCUGCUGUCGGGGUACCCCGCGCUCUACCCCGCGCCACAGUACCAAGGGCAUUUUCAGCUCUUUCGCGGGCUCACGGCGCCUUCUGCCGGCCCCGCCGCGCCCCCUUCCUUCCUGAAUUGUCUGGGACCCGGUGCAGUGGGUACAGAACUCGGGACCACCGCGCUCGCAGGAGACACAGGCCUGUCGCCGGCAGCCGCGCCGCCCAAGCGCAGCCGGAGAGCUUUGGCACCAAAGCGGCAAGCGGCACACACCUGCGGGCACGAGGGCUGCGGGAAGAGCUACACCAAGAGCUCGCAUCUGAAGGCGCAUCUGCGCACGCACACAGGAGAAAAGCCUUAUGCCUGCUCCUGGGACGGCUGCGACUGGAGGUUCGCUCGCUCUGACGAGCUGACGCGCCACUACCGGAAGCACACUGGCCAGCGACCCUUCUGCUGUAGACUCUGCCCACGCGCUUUUGCACGCUCUGACCACUUAGCCUUGCACAUGAAGCGUCACCUCUGAACUCCGAUCCCGCGGAGAGACUGGGAAUGAAGUAAGAGUACAUUCAAAUAUCGUCUUCCAAAGGAUGGACCACUAUUGGACUUACAGAGCUACCCAGAUCAAGAACUGACUCGUGGACAAUAUAAAGGGACCGUCAAAAGAAUCUUCUCAUGUCCUCAGGGAGUCACACAGAAACAUUUGAUGACCCCACAGACCCAGCAAGACAGACUACCAAAUAAAGCAACUCAGAUGAACCCUUAGACCGGUGCAGGAGUGACCCUGAGUCUUGGAGGUGGAGU